AUUAGAGCAGAUCAAACCGAGGAGCCUCCAGUAGGAACCGACCGGGCACCGGAGAGAAAACACACCGGAGACACAGACAAGGGGAUAAAGUGGACCGUUUCUCAACAACGGGUGGACUAUACUGUGAAACAAGAACCUGAAGAAACACUCGUUUACCGCGCGGGUUUUAAAUCUCUAACUAAGCUAACGCCUUUUUGUUUUUAACUUUAACGCUACUUGAAAAAGGACAAACAUGCUCAGCUUCUGCCUCGUGUUGAUUUUAUCUGCCUCCGUGUUUUCAGAAUCGCAGGUGAGGGAGACGGAGACAUGGAUGCCCAUGAAGACCACACAGACGGUCGCCAUGUCUACACACCAUGACAACCUGGAGUCCUCAGGAGACUCGCCCAACGGCUCCGACUUCGGCUUCACAGAUGACGAUGACGAAGACGGCUCGGACGGCUCGGACGACUUGGACGGCGGGGAGGGAGAUUACUACGACGAUGACUAUGACUAUGAGGAAGAGGAAGAGUACGACGAGUUCUCUGGAUCCGGUGACGGAGCAACAACUGUGUCGCCCGCAAGAGAGUCCAAACCCUCUGUGAAGCCGGAUGUGAACGACAACAAGAUCCCAGAGGUGGUGCGGCCAACCGUCAACGAGGUGGACGUCGUCCGGGAGAGUAACGAAAUUCCCCGACUGAAUAAUGAGGCGGAGCCCAGCGAGGAGCACCCGUCCAACGUCCUCAUGUCCCACGCCAGCGACGACAGCAUCUUCAACAAGACGGAGGUCCUCGCAGCUCUGAUCGCGGGCGGCGCCGUCGGCUUGAUGUUCGCCGUCCUCCUCAUCCUCCUCCUCAUCUACCGCAUGAAGAAGAAGGACGAGGGCAGCUACGACUUGGGGAAGAAGCCCAUCUACAAGAAAGCCCCCACCACAGAGAUCUACGCAUAAUGACCUCCUCCCACCCCCCACCCCCCCCUCCGCCACACACACACACCUCACUCUUAACCCUUAAAAAACCCCAAUCAGGGCCAGUGCCUGGCCUCAGUGCCUCAUCAUCUUCAUCAUACCUCCUCCUCACUUUCUUCAGCAUUGAUAACGAAUCAGGAGAGAAGCCCCGACAACACAAUCGAUUGACUGACUCCUCCUCCCUGAUGUAUGCUAACAUUGUUGGUGCUCUCUUAACCAAUCAGAGGCUUUGUUGGUCCUCUCGUCCCUCUUCUGGUUUUGUAAAACAUGGAAUACGGAGCAACAGGAGUGGACUAUUUCAGCUGCGGUACACGUGAUCACUUCAUGUCUUUGUUUUUAUGACUUUUGUCCCCGCGGAAGACUCGUACCUCCAGUUUCUCUUCUGUCCCCACGUCCCGUUAAAACACUAACACUGUGCAAUGAUGCUUCGUCUCGUAUGGUACGCAUUAACAGUCCCCUUAUUUAUUUUCCCUCUCUGUUGUUCCUCUCAACCCGUUCCCUUGAACCGCAGCUUCUCACAUUACUGUAGCAAAUGACUUAUGUGAACGUUUUUAUUAGAAUUUUUUUUAAAGAACUUGUAAUGCUGAGAGAUUUCAUUUUUUUUUCUAUUAAACAUCCCAUCAUGAUGGGAAAGAAUUGA